UCCAGGAAGGAAAGUAAUUUCUCUUACAAAUCAAAUCGUACUUUCACUGUACGUGUAUUAUGAUCAUAUAGCUAUUGGACUAUUUUGCAGCAGUCCCAGAAAAACGGAGCUUAACUUUACAAAAGAUGCUUGCUUACAUUAUAAUUGUAUUAUUCCAUUGCAUAGUAAGCAGGACACACUAGCACUGCAUUUUCAUUCAAUCACAAGUUACUUUACAUAGAUUUUCAGUAAGAAUUCUUGAAUUCUUCUUUUAUCUUAUUUCAGGAUUAUUGAAUGUAAUACAUUUUAACUGUAUUUUUUGUGUCUGUUUGCAGGUUUGGAAUGCAAUGUAAGCUGUGUGGCUUUGAGAGUCCCAGUCUUGACAGUCUUCUCAAGCACUACCUGUUCUGCCACUAUCAAGGACGCACUAGUCCGUUGCCCUGUCUCCAUCCUCAGUGCGUUUGCACUUUCAGAACUCCAGGGUUUCCACCGGAUCUAUUACAUGACCUCUUGGAGGGAGUUGUACCCUAUGAGUUGGCUGUUUGCUUGAAGGAACUCAUUACAAAGAGAGUAUGUUGUUUCGCGUGUUGCUGGGUCCUGAUAAUGCCAGAAGAAUCAAUGUCACUGAAGCCCUCAACUCGGUCAGUCACUUGAAAAAUAUUCUGCAAGAUAGUCUACAGAUUGUGCAAGACUUUGAGAUUCAGUUUGAGGAUCCAGACUUUGGCAACCAGCUGUGUAAUUUGACUGACAUAUCCGAACUUCCACCAGAUAGAGCUAUAUUGAAAAUAAUCACCAAAGUAUCUGAAGAGUCAGAUAAUGCUUCUAUAUCAUCCCUUGACACUGCUAGUAUAGCUUCCUCUUCCAGUUCGGCAGCUUCUGCGUCAUCUAGCUCAAAUGUUAGUCCCAUUAGCAUACCUCUUAGACAGCGUGAAAAUUCAGAUCAGUGGCCUUCUCCUUUCCCAAUACCUACAUUUUCAUAUGAUGUGGAAUUGAGACUAGCCAAAGGGAAUGAGAUGUUCAGAGAACAUGGAACACUGCUUGAUGUUCCCAAAGAUAUGAAAAUGGACAUUUUGAAUGCUCUAUGUCGUUCCAUGUUUUCUUAUAAAACAUACCAAACAAGGAAAGAGUUAGAAGUCGUGGCUGCUGGGUUAGUCAACAAGCAUCCCUGUCUGAAAGAUCCAAGCAUGGGAACAUGCUAUGAUUCUUGGACCACAAGGUUGUACUACAAAGUAGGAAAUUACCGCCAUAAACUCGGAGCAGCAGGUUGCAGUGAAGUCCGUGUUAACCAGAAAAGAACUGGAGAUGAUUCCAGGAAUCGCUUGAAGAAGGCCAGACGAUGUGAAGUGAACUUCCUUCCUGACAUUCCAACUGGGCAAACUGAUGUAACUCUUCAAAAUGAAAAAGCUGCUUUGCAGGAAGAAAUGACAAAGAAAUAUCCCAACCAUGCAGUUGUUCAUUCCAAAAUGGAACAGACAUUUGCCUUACGAAGGAAAGAGAUUGUUGAUGAAGAGCCUCCAGUAGCUGAGAUUAUGAGACAGUGGCCGGCAUUAUUUUUGGAAGAGCAAGUUCACAUGGAGUUUUUCAGAAUCACUGGAGUCAAUCUCAAGGAGACGUUCUUCUCUUCACUCGACGAAUAUACACCAAAGAUCAUCCAACUGUACAGAUCACGUAGUGGAGCCUUUGGAGAGGACUUAAAGACUCUACUGAACAAAAUGGAUGCCCAGAUAACCAAUGUCAUGUUGCAGAGGAAAACAGCAGCUUUGCGUGGCCUACCAUUGUUUAUGCGGGAGAGCACAGAUUCCUUCUUCAAAUCUUGCUUGGAUACAGAUGUGGAUGUGGAUGGCGAUGGCGUCAACACUCGUGGAGUCCAGAUUGGGAUUUUAACUGUUACUGAGGACGACACUGCUACCACUGACACAGAUGCCAAUGUAAGGUGUUUUGCUUUGAUUAUUGAGGAGCAGAUUGUUCUUGAUGACCUCCCUGACCUUCCAACUGCUAUGGCCAUCCUUUUUGGAUUGAUUUAUGCUUUGAAUAUGAAGUAUCCAAAGGAACUGAAAUACAUGUUCGAAACCAUUCAAAAAGUUUUCCUGCGCCUUGAUACCAAACUUUCUGCAAGGGUGCAAUCGUUCAGAAACAAAAUGCUGAGGUGCUGAGAUGAUGGACUGUGCAAAUAAGAGACAUUUUACUCCUUUUCUCUCAGCAAUUUUUUGUCAAGGCUUGAGUGUAGUGGGAGCGUAUGCAGACUCAGUAAGGGCAGUGUUGGUUCUUUUAGGUCAUAACGUUCAAAUGUAAAGGUUCAGUGUAAACACAUGCUGACAGAACAUGGGAUCUUGCUUGUUCUCCUAGUAGUUAUUAACACCCCCAAAGACUCUGACAGUGAACAUUUUUGAUGCACCACCAUGGACAUUCAAAGGCUUCUGAAUAAAGCCCAAUUACACAGAGUAUGGAUGGAGCAAGAGUCAGGCUCCUUCACACACAUUUAACAGACCAAAGGGGACUGUGACUGCCAUACCUUGGCAUUGUCCUAAUGCCAUCACCAUAGCACAUGGUGUGCUCAGAGAAAGGGAAAGUGUUUGAUAUGUACUUGACUAAUUUAUGCAGUGUACCUGGCUCUUAGCCUAUGCAAACAUUUUUAUACUGCAAAGGGUGGUAAUGUAUAGUCCUUCUUGAUCAGGCUAUUCAAAAGGUGAUCCUCAGGAAGGAAAUAAUGGAUGUUGCUGUUUACAUUACUGUGCAGCACUAGUUAUGGUAGAGGUAACGUUAUUUAGGUAUAUUUUUACUUUUUUUAUAGGGUCCUUUGUAAUGCUUGUGUGUGCACAGUCAAAAUGGCAGCUUUAUGUUCAAGUCGGUUUUCAAUUGUAAAGGUUCUGUAAGGAAGUCAAGCUUGAUAGUUUACCAGGUAAACUUGCUCUGCAUUUUCAUUAUGCAUUUUUAUUUGAGCCUGCCUGACUCUCUCUUUAUUUUCUAUUUUCAACUGCUUCAGUGUAAUGAAGCAUAUAUGCAAUCUUGAAGUACUUUAUUUUUCACCACAAUGUUAAGACCAUAAGACCUUAUAUGGCUUGUUUGAUAUAUUGGUAGCCUAAUGAUUAGGGCAUACAUUGUUAUAGACUCGCACUGCCUUAGUAAGAUACAUAUUUGUGUGUGUUGGCAGAUUUUUUAUAUAGAUCAGUUUAUUUGACUGGCUCUUAGAAUUUAAGAUUAUUUUAAUUACUGUUGGCACAGAAGACAGUGUUCUAAAAGAAGUUUCAAAUAAAAAGUA